AUGCAUUGUGUUUGCAGUCGGACGACGACCCGGCAGCGCACGACAGCAUCGUCAAGGCGGCUGCCCGCACCUGGUCCUCCCUCCGUCUACGGGGAUGCUCGAUCGAGCCCUUCGUUUUCCGUCCGGGCUGGCAAGCCGCAGCGGCGGGGCGUUGGGCAAGGGGAGGCAGCCUUCUUGCGCAUCCGGCGAUCUGCCACAGAUGCCAUACUGACCGCCGGCCGCCCGGGUGGGUUUGCAGUUGAUGUCGGAGCCAUCUUUUUCAACGAGAAGCAAGUGAAAGAGGCGGCGAUGCGCAUGGGCAAGCUGCAGAAGAGGCGGAUCGACGCGUUAAAGGCUGGCCACUUGCAGGACGACGAGUUGGACGAGGCUCUCAUCACGGACGCAAUCAAGAACAUCGAGAAGGACAGGGUGGCCCAGCGCGAUGCAGCAGCGGAGAAGCGGAGGAAGCUGCAGAUCGUAUGCAAGGUUGACUUCGAGCUCACAGGAAAGACUGUAUACUUGCAGUCGCAUCGCCGGGCCCCCGACAGCAUGGAGCAGGUCAAUCACCCUCUCGCCGACUUCAUCAUUUGUGACACCCCUGGUGCGCCUCCACCUGUCUUGCGUUUCGCGGCGUGCUUGCACGGCAGCUCCAUCUGCACGCAGGAGUUCUUCCAGGAGACUGGGGGUGUGUGCGUGACCUACGUUCGGGCAAUCGCAGUAAAGCGGCACAUCCACAUCACAGAUGCGUUUAUGGUUGAGGAGCCUACGCUCGCAGAGCUGUUUCUUGCAGAGGCAGUGUCAAGCCAAUGGACCUUGGCAAGUGUGGCAGACUUGAUCAGCAUAGUGCGUGGCCAGCCGGCCAGGCAGAGACUUGCGCUUGUGUUCGUGGGUGCUGGCGAGGCUGACUCUCCGGACCUCCGUGGUCUGGAGAACAAAUUUACAGCCGCAUCUUGUUUUGAUCGCCCGCUGUUUUGCAAGUUCGACAAAGCAAAAUGCCGCAUUGGCGCGUGCAGCCUCUGA